CCGCGGACCAAGCCGCUUCGAAUUUUGAAUACGGAUCGUUAACCGUUCCAUUUUGAAAUAUUUAUUUCUUUGUUUUAUUUUUUCUUUUUCGCGAAAGUGUCAGUGCAACAAACUUUUUUAAGGAUUUUGUGCCUGUAUUUUUGGUGACUGUCUUUUUGGACAGAUCCUGGUGCUAUCGCUGACGUAAUCGAAAAAUGUAAAACGAACAAAACGACCGAGUUACUGUGUUUCCUUCGUAACUUUCGGCUGUGAAGUGGUUCUUGAUUUCGAAAAAGCGGAAAUAUCGUGAAGUGUAUCAAUUUACAUACUAUUGGACUGAUCGGGCAGAGUUCAUUUUAUUCGGCCGUAUAGCCUUGAUGUCAGUCCGCCCCAAUAAUGGAUAGUAACAGCAGAUCGGCGUCGCCUCGCGAACCGUCUCGACCGCAGCACAGACCACCUUCUCCUCCCACACCCACUGCCUUCGACAACAGAGCCUACCAACACGACGAAGCCGACCAAAACCACAACGACUCCUUCACAUCCAAUGCCCCCCAACAAAAUGGACACAGCAAAGAACCUAAUGGAGACACGAAAACGUUAGAAGCAGUCAAUCUUGAACUGAUAAAUUUGACACCCAAAAAUGGUAACGCCAAGAAGAAAGAUGCAGUUGAACUGGACAUGAAUGCUACAAACCCUUACGAUGAAUAUUUCGUUCCGGUGAACGAGCAUAGGAAAUAUAUGAGAGGGGAGAAAUUAUACGUGACAGCUGACAAACGAGGCGAGAAAGGCGGCUGCAAGAGGCCCCUGUGCUGGACGCUGCUAGCUCUGGUGGCUGCUGUUAUUGUGGCACUCAUUGUUCUCGCUGCUACUGGAGUACUAUUUAGCAGCACUCCAACGACAGUCGAACAAUACAACUCUUCAGUCAGCUCGGCUCGUGCAUUUGGUGGCCUCGCUCACGAUCACAGUCAACAUGAUCACGAUCACCAACACGAUCAUGAUCACGAUCAUAAUCAUCACAAUCAUGAUCACAGCCAUGACCACGGUACGCAGACGACUGUAGAACCGGACACGCAAAGUGAUGAGGGUCGUUCUUUGGGUGCAGAUGACAACGAUCCGUCAAUGUAUGUGCCAAGAACCGUCGAAGGUGAGGUAAAAAUUGACAACGAAGCAUUUACACCAGAACUGCAAGAUACCGAUAGCCAGGAAUACAAGGAGCUCACAGCCACCUUCAGCGAUGCUCUGAAACGCGCUCUUUUCGACCGCAACACUAUCGAGCGCGGCGACAAUGAAAUCAAUGUGGAAGUCGUUAAAUUAAGGGAAGGCUCCGUGAUCGUAAGGUACAGAAUUCACUGGAAAACGAAGCCCGGUAUGGCAGGCACAGAAAACUUAUUAACGCCCGAAACUCUGCAGUCCCAACUAAACAAUUAUCUCGAGCGCAACAACAGAAUGAUAAGCACAUUCCAUAUUGCAGAAGACAAAAUGAGUACCCGCCAAGUCCUCGACAUAUGCAAGAUAUCAAAGUACGACUGCGAACAUGAAUGCGUGUUUGACGAAAACACACUUGAUUUUAUGUGCACGUGUCCACCUGGGCUAAUGUUAGAUAUGACAAAUCUCAAAAAAUGUAUUCCAAUUUUAGAAAACUCUAAGGAACAAGAAGUCAGAGGUAUAGAAUUAAAUUCCAAUCCAAGGACAACGAAACCUAUGCCAGAGGGAGAAAAAUCAAACAGUGAAUCGGUACGAGUCCUUAACAAUAAUGCAUUCGACUGGAAACAAACAGAUCAUGAAACUCCCGAAACUACUACCCAAAUGGAAUCUGAUGUGAGCUUUUCGCACAUUUUCGGAAACUCAAAUGAUUCUCAAGAAACCGAACAGAGUGCAGAAUCAAAAACGACAACAAAGCCAAUUCCCAUAGCCGAACCGGAACCUACUUCUGAACCUAAUCCUGAACCGGAACCUGCUUCGGAACCUAAUCCUGAACCGGAACCUGCUUCGGAACCCAAUCCUGAACCGGAACCUGCUUCGGAACCCAAUCCUGAACCGGAACCUGCUGCUGAACCUAAGCCUGAGCCCGAGCCCACUUCUGAACCCAAUCCUGAACCAAAGCCCGACACCGUAGCUUUUGAACCUAAAACAGAGCCGGAACCAACUCCUGAACCGAAAUCCGAACCUGAAUCAAAUCCCGAACCGAAGUCGGAGCCGGAACCAACACCCGAACCUAAGUCCGAGCCAGAACCAACUUCUGAACCUAAGCCUGAGCCUAAACCGGAACCAGCUUCUGAGGUAAAAUCUGAGCCAGAAUCAACUUCUGGACCUAAGCCUGAGCCAGAGCCGGAACCAGCUUCUGGUGUAGUGCCCGAGCCAGAACCGACUUCUGAGCCUCAACCUGAGCCGGAAUCUCAACCAGAGCCAAAAUCAGUUCCAGAAUCUAAACCUGAACCAGAAAUAGCUGUAGAGUCUAAACAAAAUCCAGAACCAACACAAGCAGCUCCGGAGACACAAUCUGAAGAAUCAAUCCUAAAAGUGGCGCCUCUUUUGUAUCACGAACAACACGAGCCUGCACCAGAACCACAGCCAACCGCUGAGCCGGCGCCAGAAUCGCAAUCAUCUGCGGAGCCCGUAGCAGAACCGCAACCACCUGCUGAGAUUGCACCAGAACCGCAACCGACUGCUAUGCAAGAGCCCGCACUAAAAGAAAUAUUCCAGCCUGUCGCUGAGCUUUCUUCAGAAGCCGUUGAAGAACCUAUGGCAAAUACAACCGUAAUGUCAGAAUCAUCCGACGAAGUAAAAUUAGAUACAUCAUCAUCAGAAAAUGUCAGUUUAGCAACAGAACCUAAAGUUUCUGAACCAGCCCCUGAACCUAUGGCUGAUUUGGCAACAUCUUCCGAAACAAAGCCAGAAAUUACAAAUAGUCAAAUUUCAUCGGACCAAAUGUCUAUGGCUAUAGAAAGUACUGUAAAACCUGAAUUAACAUCGGAGACAGAAAUGAGUCUCGAAAACAAAGAUGAAUCGAGAGAAAUGAGUAUAACAAAAUCGGCAGACGAAAAUGUACCUGAAACAACCACAUUAAGAAUCUCGAUAUCAGAACCUAAAAUAAUUACUGAACCUUCUUAUGAACCAAAACCUGAAAUAAUUUCAAUUUUGAGUGAACCAAAAUACUCGAAUAAAAAUAUCCAAGAGACUGAAACCACAACAAAUAGUGAAUGGCUAGAAAGUGACAAAAUCUGGAAUGAGAAGGAGAACCAGGCUAGCGUUGAUAUCGUGAACAAUGUUUUCGAGCAAAGAUCUUUCAGUUCCUAUAAUAACGAACAUAACGAUAACGCAUUUGAGACCACUACAAUACAAAACGACAAUGAAAGUCAAAAAAGUGACAUAUCAUUCGAAGAUUUACAAAAUCAAGAUGGACCACUUCAUACGUCCAAUGUUCUACUCGACAAUUUAGCUAGCAAUAACCAAACUACACCUAAAAUGUCCUCCAUUAUUAACAAUGACCACGAGAAAGAAGAUAUGAAUAUCACAUCCAAUUAUGACAAUCAACAAAUUGUUUUUAACAAGGACACAACAACACAAAUUAAAAAUGAAGAUUCUAUGAAAACAUCUAUAGUUUAUAAGACCAAACAAAAAGAGACUGAUGAGAUUACGACAACAGAAGAAAAAACAACUAUCCAAGGAGAACCUGUGACUGAAUAUUCUAUCAAAAAUCAAUUAUUAGUCGAUAACUCAUCUGCAACUGAAAUGCUAUUAAACGCUUUAAAUGUCAAGAAAAAAUCCGAGACGUCAACAGAAUCGACUACAGUAAACAACAUAGAUGAUGCUACAGAUAUUACAUUUGACAACAUAAGUAAUUUAAAUCAGUACAAUCGUUCUUCCAAAUCAUUUGAAAGUGAAAAUAACACUUUGACGGAAUUAUCUGAAUUGCCAGACUUCCCUAAAAAUACAUUAACAACAGAAUCCGAAUGGCUCUCGGUUCCUGUAACGGAAAUUCAAUAUGAUCAAAUCACAAAUAAUUUCCCAAAACCAGAAACCACACAAAUACCUAUAACUAAAAUAGAAGAAGUAAUAAACCAUGGGCUUCUCACGGACGAUUUUGAACCAGAUUAUUUUACAGGCAUAAGUUCCACUAAAAUGAUGGAAGAUGUUCCAAUGUAUGGUAUAACGCACGACUAUGAUAAUGAUGACUCAAGAGUGAAAAGAGUAGACAACGCAACAACUGAAGCCUUUACAAAAUCUGUUCCAAUAGACACUACUACCGAAAAGAUGAUGACGGAAAGUAGCUCUAUUUUUAAUAUUCCAUUAGAAAUGACUACUAUAACACAAUAUAUUUAUGAAACAGCUGACAAACAUAACCAAAAGGAACUUCCAGACAUAUCCUAUGAGCAAAGGGAAAUUGUUACUGAAAAACAAAAAAUUGAAGAUACUAAUAUUGAUCCGGCCCCUGUUUGGGAAGAAUCUGAAGUAGAUAGGGAACCAGUCAAAGAAAUGCCAAAAUCUGAACAAAAUGUCACAUCUCUGACCACCACAUCUACUGAAAUACCCACAGCAUUAAUGACAAAUAAUAUUAAUCAAAAGAACAUUACUAAAACAACAGAAGAAAGUAUAGAUAAUCUCCAAAAUUCCACACGCUCUAACAAUUUAAGUGUGACUGUGUAUGAAGUAACUAGUCAGAGUAUUAACCAAUCUACUGUAACUAACACGACCAAUGCUCAUUCCGCUGAAUACGACGAACACGAAAUUGAUAUGAACCCAUUUUUACCUGAAGUAGAGAAUAAUAAACAUCUUGUCAAAAAAUUACAAGAGGGGCAUGAUCUCGAACCCAACAAUCUAAAUGAAACUCAAAAUGACAAUGUAGAAGAGCAUUCCACUAUUAUUUUAGAGGGGCAAUUGACUUCCACUAAUACUUCAACAAAAGGACAACAACAAACAAACACCUAUGACGAUAGUUUAAAUUUAAACAAUACGAGUGCUGAAGAUAAAGAUGAUGCGAAGCAACCAAAUCAGGAGAAAGAAAAUUCACCAACGUUUUUAGAAGACACUGAUGAUUUAUUACUUCCAGAAUGGGAAUCAGAUGAAUAUAAAGCCAGCAAAACAUCGACAUCAGAACCCUCGAUGCGAAGUAAUGAGUACCUCAGUGUGGUGCCAAUUGAUCAAGAAAAACUAGAACUUAAAGCGUUAAAGAAAGAUUAUGAAAGUAAAAACCUACAAGGCCUUAAUGAUAUAAGUGACUCGCCAAAAAAAAGUGACAAAAGGACACUAGACGUAACCAGAUUAGAUUCAGUUACUAAUAAUGAAGCGUAAGCGAUGAAAGUUGAGUGUUUGUAUGUAACGCAAGAGUGUAUAUUGCUGUUUGUUUCCUGUGAUGAUAUAAUUUCGAACAAUUUUACUACAAUCUUAUAUAGACUAUUUUAUACCAAUGUAAAUGUUGUAUUAUGGAUUUUUAAGUUUUUCGUGGAUAUAAAAAUCGCCCAAAUUCUAUAACGUACCUACAUAAUAAAUAUUAAUAUUAGUUUCCUAUCGAUAACAUUUAGACUAGUCACUGUAGGGAGAAGUCAUCAUCUUGAGAUGUUUAGAUUAUUUAUUGCUUCAAUGUACGCUGCAAAUCGUGUGGGUUCGAUUAACUUAACUUUUUUAUGUUAGGUCGAUUCUAAUUCGUCGGUUUAAAUGAUAAGGUCUGAUAUACUAUUCUCACUGUAACAUGAUCAUACAGUGAGCCUUAGGAGUCCAUUCGCUCAAAAAGUAAUUUACGGUUUUAUGCGAUAUAAAUUGUAUCAUAGUGCUCGACAAAGCGCUGCUCUAAACUCUGAGAAAAUAUAAUUGUGCAUGUUUUAUGUAUUCCUGGGAUGUAAUUCGUAUAUUAUUUGCAUCAUAAUUAUCUUUUGGAAAUUUCUAAAUUGAGAUCCUCUUUUCUAAUAAUGGGGCAAAAUCUGAAAUCCUGAUUUAAAUUGUUACCAUAGUUAAUUACGAAACUAAAAAUCCUGAAUUCCCACAUACAUCUUGAUUUGAGGAUGUAAUGUUAGCAGUGGACGUGCUUAAUGAAUAUUUUCUUGAAACGAAAAUAUCUUCGCCAUGUCGUAUUGUGAUAAAACGCUGGUUAAAGCUACAUUCCAUUCGUACUUAAAUAUUAUAACUUAGUGAUAUACGGAAGUGAGGUCUGAUUGUAAAAUAAUAAUAUGUAGUUCUUGUUAACUAAGACAUAUUUUGUAUAAAUGGUUGAAAUUGUAAAGAAUUACGUUGUAAAUAAAUUUUAAAGUUAAUUAUAA